AGGUACAAUUGGAAUUUCCUCUGUGAAUCAUAUAAUCCAUGUGGACAUUGGGGAGGACAUUGUAUCUAAGAUAACGACUAUCUUAGAUCAAGGACCACCUGCUAUUUGUAUUUUGUUUGGAGCUGGAUCCUUUUGUGAAGCCACCUCUGGACCUCUGCCAUCGGCACUAUGACACAUGAGGGUAAAUUUGACAUCAUCUCAUUAACGGGGUCAUUCAUGCGGUCAGAAAAUGGUAUAACAGGUGGACUUAACCUUUCAAUGACUAGGCCAGAUGGUAGUUUUUUCGGCGGUGUUGUUGAAGGAAAGCUCAGGGCUGCCACUCCGGUACAGGUGGUUGUGAGAAGCUUUUUUCCGGACAUGGAAAAGCCCGAGUCUAAGCCACCAUCUUCAACUCCAACUCCCAAUGAGUUGAAUUUUGAUCCUCCGGUCUCAAAGGCGGCGUCUCCUUCAACUCCAUCUUCAACUCAUCUGAUGUGAACGGUGGUAGCCCUCUUCGUUACAAAUCUACCCAUGAUUAGGUUUAAAGGAAUUACAUUUGGGAUCCUGGUUAAAGGAAUGAGCAUGUUCACUAAAGAUGAUUAGGGUUAUUUUAAGAAUUGUGUCGUUUUAUUUUCAUUAGUUAUCUUAUAAUGGUGCUCUGGAAUCUCCCUUUUCAUUUGUACUUUUGUUCUUUGUUACUAAAUUGAUGAACAAUCUGCUUGUUUCUUCCUUUUAUGAUCAAUACUAAGAGUACUUUGUUGCAUUGGUGC